CUCUGUGUUUAUUUUGUUUCCUACUCGUCUACGCCCGGCCACGCCAGUCGAGAACAGUGCUUGCUAGACAUUCCACGUUACUUUAUUGUGAAUUGUAUUUUUGGAAAACGAUAGUGAAUAUGGCUGGAUAUCCGUACGGCAACCCGCAGCAGUACCCACCUCCUCAGGGUCAACCCAUCUAUCCGCAGCUGUAUAACCCUGUAAAUGCCGGUGCUCCCCCACCGGGGCAACCUGGUUUCCCACCGCAGUUCCAGCCACAGUAUCAGCCAGGUUUUGGCUAUCCCUACCAGCCGGGGCAACCAGGACAACCGCCGUCUGCUAUGUCGUACCCUAAUGUGCAACCCACAGCUCCUCCUGGACCUGGCUUUGGAUAUAAUCCAGCUCCUGGAUACCCAACUGUUUCUCCAACUCAAGUUUAUCAAUCACCCGUCGAAUGGAUUCCUACGACUCCAAAUGACGCGGCUGCCUAUACUGAGAGGGCAGUAGUCGCUGGUUACGAAGGUCACGAUGGCAGCCCACUUUGGGUGAUCAGGGCUCGGUACGAUGGAGACUUGAUUCCCGGAAAGCUGGCUAUUAAGCACAGAGCUGCUUACGUACCUUGGGGAGGAAAGGAAAAUCCGGUGAACAAUAUUGAGAUAUGCUGCGCUCAUCCUCAAAGCAUCUGUUGGGUUCAAAGCAGUGAUGGUCAUGUACCUCCCAAUGCGGUACGCGGUGGCAACACAUCUUCUGGCGAACCCCUGUACAUUGGCAGGGUUAAGGAACAAAGGUCCCUGACACCUGGCAAGGUCCACCCAAGUCACAAGGCGCUGUACAUUUCUUUCGCUGGAAAGGAAGUACCGCACAAGGUAUACGAGAUCAUGUGCACAGCGUAAACAUUUACUUUAGUCAUUCUACUAGGUUUUAAGUAUUAAAUUUGUGUCAAGACUGCAUUGUCGAUAGACAAUAAAAAGGUCUGAAUUUCGUCGCAAAAAUAUUGUAUUGUGAAUGUUAUUAUGAAAUAAUCAUUCGGUGUCUGAAAUCUCGAA